UUAUGCUAGAGUUUGACCGUCACUAGAGCAGGACGUGAGGGCGUGUGUGGAAGUUUUUGUAUCGCGUCCGAACAAUUUUGGCGCAGGAAUCUCGCGAACAAACAAUAGAGUGUUUCAUUGAUUGCUUGUAAAAACGAGUCCAGUAGUACAUCACAAUGGAUCCUGUCCUUAUUAAAAACAUUGAACUGGACAAAAUUUGUCGUAUUUGUCUAGCAGUGAAAAAAGAAAUGCGCCCCUUGUUUGGCGAAAUGGUCGCUGAGAUGUUGAUGGAAAUAUCUAAGAUACAGAUUGAAGACAGCGAUGGAUGGCCAGAUAAAAUUUGUAUACAGUGCAUACACCAAGUGAGUCGUUGCCAUGCUUUCAAGACGAGAGUGGAAAAGUCCGACACUGCUCUAAGGCAGUACAUAAAGGGUAUCACGGUUUUGGAGGAUAUGAAUGCAGUCAAACAUACUGUAGGUCAUGUGGACUUGCCAAAGAUGAGCCUCAGCCCACCAAAAAUCCAACAAUUAGCUCCGGCACCAGUAGCGUCACAUCUACAUGAGCUCAAUCUCCAGCGGGCAGACGUACCGUCCAUUCAACAGGAAGCUCAAGCUGUCCCGCCAACCAUGAUACUGACUAGCGCACAGCUUAUAAAUGCCGGUGCGCAAAUCAUAAACGCCGGGCACAUUAUAACGACGGCGACGGGUCAGCAAAUCCUACAGACAACUCCCCAGUACCAAGCUACGCCGAUUGGACAGUUUAUACAUGGCCCGAACAAUACUGUUCAAAUGAUAACGCACGGCGGACAUCCGGUAUUGCAAAUUCAGCGAACAGCGGACGAUCGAUGUGAGAUCAUUGUGCAGCCGGAUCUGUCCGAAGCACAGUACUUGGACAAUGUGUCCUCUUUACCAAUGAUGGUAACGACGCCAACCACCGCCACAGCAAUACCCACCGAGCAGCUACAAGCACAACAGUUGCAUGCACUUACCGGGCACCACCAGGAGCACCAGCAACUUCAUUUGGAGGAAAGCGAAACACAGACACAAGUGCACCAGAAGCUUGAAGAUGAGAUGGAGUGCGUGCUAGUGGACGAUGAAACUGUUGAAACGGAUGAAAUCAUCGAAGAAGACGGUGGCACCGAUGGAGCCGAAGUGGAAUAUUACCCGCAAUCGGAGUGUGAUGAAUCGGAAGACUCGGAAAAACCGCUGGAAUAUGUAACGUAUCAACCAACAUCUCCCAGCCCUGGAACCUUCAUGUGUAAUCUUUGUCAUAAGGAGUUCAAUCAGCCAAAAUGGUUGCAAAAGCACAUGUCCCAACACUCCAACUGGAUCAAGGCCAAUUGUAAAAAGCAACCGGAAUGUGAAGUUUGUGGUAAAAGUUUCCGCGGUCCCGGAAUGCUACGUAUGCAUAUGAAAACGCAUGAGAAGGUCAACAAAAUCCCAACAUGCAGCAUUUGCCAAACAGAGUUCAAAUCGAAAUCCAUUCUUUAUAGGCAUCGGCAAACCCAUUUCGAGAAAAAUUUUGAAUGUACGAUGUGCGACAAAAAGUUUAGCUCCAAAUAUCAGUUAAACAUCCACGAGCAGCGUCACAAAAAGCAGAAAACACACACAUGUCCACAUUGCGAUAAGUCCUUUUUCACAGAGAUGGAAUUGUCGAAUCACAUUAAACAACAUUUGGGGAUUAAGGUGAAGCAGAGUAAAAAGAAGCUACCAAAUCGUAGUUAAUCGUAAAAAGUUUCCAUGCCGGAUAUACUGAUGUGACUUAUUGCCUAAAGUAUAAACACUAUUGGGACAAAUAUCAUGAUGUAUUGAUGGUACGAAAGAAAAGGAGAUAGUGAAAGAGAAGGAGAAACAUCCUAGCUGAUAAACGAGAAUAUAGUAGCCAUAAUUAGAGCUUAUCGAACAGGUUUCGAGUUCUGCAGCUAUCGGUAAAGAUUUCCAAAUGCAAUGCUCCUCGUUGCGAGCCUUUCGUUUCGUGCUGGAGAGACGUAGAUUACUUUUCUUUAAAUUUCAAAACAUUAUACCAAUAUCUUUUGUGUACUAUAGGAUGUAAUCUACUGCUCUUUCUCUACCUCAUUUUCUAUCGAUUCCGGUUGGUGCAAUGGAUAGGCUCUCCAAUGAUCAUCAUUCGGGGCCAACGUAGAUUUUUAGAUACAUUUCCUGCAGUGCUGGAGCGAUAUUGGAGCGAUAAAUACCAAACACUACUAUGUACUGUUCGCGCACUACUCGCCGAUGUUUUCUGACUUAUUCAACUCAAUUUCAUUUUAUUGCUUAUCAAAAGCUACACUAUAUCGACUAGCAAAACGUGAAGUAAGGCAAAUUGUUUUAGUUCGGAAUUUCGAAUAUAAUAUUAUUAAUUAUUGGGUUCUUCGACAGAAAAGCAAGCUUUUGGUUGAAGUUUAACGGCGUAGUUGUUUAGUAUAAAUAUAUUUCAUAUUUUAUUUGAGCGAAUCAAAAGCCGCUUUUAAGUUUGAUUCCGUAGUAGGAUGGGAGUAUUGCGAGAUGGAAUAUUUAUGGACCAGACAGGUAACUUCUGUAUAUA